GCUAUGGCUCAUUAUUAAGAGAGAAGGAUCCUCCUAUUUGGAGCACAGGCCGCAGUGCAGUGCAGCAGCAUCGCUUGGAAGCAGAGACAAUGAAGCUGCAAACGCAACUGCUCCUCUUGGCUUCCAUCACCGCAGCGCUGAUCAUGAGCCGCGGCGUCCUCGCCGGCGCCACCCACGCGGUACCGGUGCCCGCGCUACGCGGCGUCGAGGACGACGACGACGUGGGCUUCGCGGAGCGUGAGGAGGCGGCGUACCCGCGGAGGAGGGUGCUUUACGGCGAGCAGUACAUCAGCUACAAAGGGGUGCAGGCGAGCAGGCCGGCGUGCACCGGCUCCUGCGCUGGCCGGGGGCAGCCCUACACCGGUAGCGGCUGCAAGGCCAUCUUCGGCUGCCGCGGGCGUUAAUUAAUUAUCUACAAUGUAGUGAACUAUACUACUUUGCUUCCCUGGCCAAUUGCAAGUAGCUGCGGGGAGAUUGUCAAAUGUGGUUACCGAAUAAGCUCAAGUGGUUAUAUACAUGUAUUUGUGUUGUUGUAUGCAAUGUUUGGUGCACAAUGCUUCCUUGUGUGAACAAUAAUGUGUUUGGAUGAAUUUAAGCAAGAACAAUGAUUCAUUUUUUGUUUA